GGGCGAGGGGGACGACGACGGAGGGAUCUGCGCAGGCGCGGAUUUCCAACAUGGCGGAAAGGCCGGAGCUCUGGUGUCUCCGCGAGGAUCAUUUCCAGGAGAAGUUCAACUGGGACAACGUGAUCACCCUGACUUCCAUAGACCAGAUGAUGGUAGAACUGGACGUGGACGAAAGAUUUGAUGCCGUUACACUUAAUCAGGCCUUGUUACGGCCUGUCCUUGAAAGAGAGAAACAUUUCUUGUACUUGAAGAAAGGUUUGAGACAUCUAACGGAAUCAUACUCGUGUCUGGAUGCCAGUCGUCCUUGGCUUUGCUACUGGAUCUUGCACAGCCUGGAGCUUCUGGGUGAACCACUUGAUCAGUGUGUGGAAUCAGACAUCUGUCAGUUUCUGGCAAGAUGUCAGAGUCCGAAUGGUGGAUUUGGAGGAGGACCAGGUCAACAGCCACAUCUUGCUCCCACGUACGCUGCUGUAAAUGCACUCUGUAUAAUAGGCACAGAAGAGGCUUAUGAUGUUAUUGACAGGGAAAAGCUGUUGCAGUUUCUGUACUCGGUGAAGCAGCCUGAUGGAUCUUUCAUUAUGCAUGUGGGUGGAGAAGUUGACGUCAGGUGUGCAUACUGUGCAGCUUCUGUUGCAUCCUUAACAAAUAUCAUAACACCUAAACUAUUUGAAGGGACAGCUGAGUGGGUGAGAAGGUGUCAGAACUGGGAGGGUGGGAUUGGUGGCAUACCUGGGAUGGAGGCCCAUGGUGGCUACACAUUCUGUGGCAUGGCUGCCAUGGUCAUCCUUCAAAAGGAACGGAUGUUGGACCUCCGAACAUUGUUACGUUGGGUGACGAGACGGCAGAUGCGGUUUGAAGGUGGAUUCCAAGGACGAUGCAACAAGCUAGUCGAUGGUUGUUAUUCCUUUUGGCAAGCAGGAAUUCUCCCACUCUUGCACCGAACACUACAUGUACAAGGAGACUCUGCUCUUAGUUUGACACAUUGGAUGUUUCACCAAGAAGCACUGCAAGAAUACAUACUACUCUGCUGCCAACAUUCUAAUGGCGGCCUCCUAGACAAACCCACCAAAUCAAGAGAUUUUUAUCAUACUUGCUAUUGUCUGAGUGGACUUUCACUUGCCCAGCACUGUGUUGGUGGAAAUAUUCUGCAUGAAAUUAUAGUGGGUGAUCCAAACAACCGACUGGAACCAACCCACCCAGUAUACAACAUUGGUCCUGAAAAAGUAGCACAAGCUUUAAUGCACUUCCUCCAGCUGCCAGUUCCCGAGAUGAAGAACUUUGAUUCAAAUUAGUGUCAGUGUCCAUUGAUGAAUGGUAAACUGAUGUCCAGUGUACACCUCAUGUAAUCUCAGUGAAAAGAAUUGUGGUUUGAAAAGCAAAGGUAUGAUGUGGAGCAGAUACCAAUGGAAGUGAUUGAUUUCUCAAAGACAAAGCCAGUAGAACUACUCUGAAGAAAUAGUCCAAUUGGCGUUCACCUGUCUGUCGGUCACUGACUCUGCUGCAAAAACAGGCUGGUGUCUGGAAGGGUUCUGUUAAAUGUUUCUGAAUUCCUUCAGAAAGAUGAAAAGGAUUGGUCCAAGUAUGGCAUUUUGCUUUUUGUUGCCUUUAGAAGUAAUUUAUUACUAUUGCAAUAAACUUCUUUUUCAAGCUA